UGUUUUCAUUCAUUCUAUCCCAUUACUACUCCAAUAAUAUCCAAAAACAACAAUGACUACUUUGAGAGCAAUAACAUUGUUGUUGUUUAUGGUGGCUGCAACAGAGUGCAAACAAUGUGCAUUUAAGGCUAUCUUUAACUUUGGUGAUUCAAAUACUGAUACUGGUGGUUUUUGGGCAGCUUUCCCAGCUCAAGCCCCUCCUCAUGGAAUGACUUACUUCAACAAACCUGUUGGAAGGGCAACUGAUGGCAGAGUUGUCGUCGAUUUUCUUGCUCAAGCAUUAGAUUUGCCAUUUUUGAGUCCAUAUCUGCAAUCAAUUGGAUCUGAUUACAAACAUGGUGCUAAUUUCGCAACAUUAGCAUCCACAGUUCGCUUGCCACAAACUUCCUUAUUUGUUACUGGUGUGAGCCCUUUUUCUCUUGAGAUUCAGCUUAGACAGAUGAAAGAAUUUAAGGUUAAAGUCGAUGAACUUCCUCGUAAAGGGAAAAGUAAUCUGCCUUCCCCAAACAUAUUUGGAAAAUCACUAUAUACAUUCUACAUUGGCCAAAAUGACUUUACUGGAAAUUUGGCAAGACUAGGAAUAAGUGGAGUGAAAGAGUUUCUACCUCAAGUUAUUUCCCAAAUUGCCAGCACCAUCAGGGAGAUAUAUGCAUUAGGUGGGAGAACAUUUUGGGUGCUAAAUCUAGCACCAAUUGGAUGUUACCCUGCAUUUCUGGUGCAACUGCCUCAUAACAUUUCUGAUAUAGACCAGUUUGGUUGCCUAAUAUCAUACAAUAAUGCAGUGGUGGAUUAUAACAAUAUGCUUAAAGCAGCAUUAGCAAAAACCAGAAAGGAUCUUGCUGAUGCAAAUGUUGUAUAUGUCGACACUCAUACUGUGCUCUUGGAGCUAUUUCAACACCCCACUUCUCAUGGGCUAAGAUAUGGAACCAAAGCAUGUUGUGGAUAUGGAGGUGGUUUAUACAAUUAUAACCAGCAAGUGUUAUGUGGAAAUACGAAACAAGUAAAUGGGAAAACGGUAACAGCAAAAGCCUGUAAGGAUCCACAAAAUUAUGUAAGCUGGGAUGGAAUUCAUGCCACUGAUGCAGCAAACAAGCUCACAGCAUAUGCCAUUCUCAAUGGUUCUUAUUUUGAUCCUCCUUUUCCACUUCACAAGUACUGUGAUAUCCAGCCUAUAGGUUGACAAUGUUGUUUAAUUUCUUGUGUUCAGCAAUAAUAAUGAACCACCACUUAUGAGUACUCA